GCACGAUAACGAGCGUCCCCAAGUGUGGCGGGCGGACUUUUUUGAUUUCUCUUCGCCAGGGUUAUUGGGGGGAGUAGGAGUGAGAAGAGAAAAGCGUAUGCAAACUGCCAGCGAGCGCGCCCGGAUUUUCCAUCGCUCCUUCCUUCGCUUGAAAACUCAAAAUGGGUAUGUUAAAGUAGUGUGUGUGGGAUGGAUGGGAAAAAAACGCACGGAUACCCUAUCCAACUGGAUGGAUGACAGAUGGAUGCCUCAUUUUUCUGUCAUGCGAAGGUCUGCGUGUGUGGGAAAACAUGUGCUCACUGUUUUGUUUACAUAUAUCAUACUAUCCAAAUUUUUACCCAUGAACUAUAGUGAACUUUACUAUUGAGGAGAUCCGUGGUUUGAUGGACAAAGUUACGAACGUUCGUAACAUGUCGGUCAUUGCUCACGUCGAUCACGGCAAGUCUACUUUGACUGACUCUUUGGUCUCCAAGGCCGGUAUUAUCUCUGCCGGUCGUGCUGGUGAGACUCGUUUCAUGGACACCCGUAAGGAUGAACAGGAGCGUGGUAUUACCAUCAAGUCCACCGCUAUCUCCAUGUACUUCGCUUUGGAGCACGAGGAAGAUAUCAAGGAAAUCAAGAACCAGAAGACUAUUGGCAAGGAUUUCUUGAUCAACUUGAUCGAUUCGCCCGGUCACGUUGAUUUCUCUUCUGAAGUUACUGCUGCCCUUCGUGUCACCGAUGGUGCUCUUGUCGUCGUCGACUGUAUCGAAGGUGUCUGCGUCCAGACUGAGACUGUCUUGCGCCAGGCUUUGGGUGAGCGUAUCAAGCCCGUCAUCGUCAUCAACAAGAUUGAUCGUGCCUUGCUUGAAUUGCAGUUGGACAAGGAGGAGUUGUACAAUGCUUUCGCUCGUACCAUCGAAUCCGUCAACGUCAUCAUUGCCACCUACUUUGAUGAAGCUCUUGGUGAUGUCCAGGUCUACCCCGACCAGGGCACUGUUGCCUUCGCCUCCGGUCUUCACGGUUGGGGUUUCACCCUCCGUCAGUUCGCUGUCCGUUACUCCAAGAAGUUCGGUGUCGACAAGGAGAAGAUGAUGCAGCGCUUGUGGGGCGAGAACUACUUCAACCCCAAGACCAAGAAGUGGACCACCAAGGACACCGAUGCCAGCGGCAAGCAGUUGGAGCGUGCCUUCAACAUGUUCAUCUUGGACCCCAUCUACAAGAUCUUCGAUACGAUCAUGAACUUCAAGAAGGAGCAGAUCCCCACUCUUUUGGAGAAGCUCGACAUCCAGUUGAAGUCCGAAGAAAAGGAGUUGGAGGGCAAGCAGUUGAUGAAGGUCGUCAUGCGCAAGUUCUUGCCUGCUGGUGAUGCUCUCUUGGAAAUGAUCUGUAUCCACUUGCCUUCCCCCGUCACUGCCCAAAAGUACCGUGUCGUCAACUUGUACGAAGGUCCCUCCGACGACGAGUGUGCCCAGGGUAUCCGCGACUGUGACCCCAACGGUCCCUUGAUGAUGUACGUCUCCAAGAUGGUUCCCACCUCCGACAAGGGUCGUUUCUACGCUUUCGGUCGUGUCUUCUCUGGUACCAUCCGUGCUGGUCUUAAGGUCCGUAUCCAGGGUCCCAACUACGUCCCCGGUUCCAAGACCGACUUGGCUGUUAAGUCCAUCCAGCGUACUGUCCUUAUGAUGGGCCGUAACACCGAAGCCAUCGAUGACUGCCCUGCUGGUAACAUCAUUGGUUUGGUUGGUGUCGAUCAGUUCUUGGUCAAGUCCGGUACCAUCACCACCUCCGAGGUUGCCCACAACAUGAAGGUCAUGAAGUUCUCUGUCUCUCCUGUCGUGCAGGUUGCCGUCGAAGUCAAGAACGCCAACGACUUGCCCAAGCUCGUCGAAGGUUUGAAGCGUCUCUCCAAGUCCGAUCCCUGUGUCUUGACCUACACCUCCGACUCUGGUGAACACAUUGUUGCCGGUGCUGGUGAACUUCACUUGGAAAUUAUCUUGAAGGAUCUUGAGGAAGACCACGCCCAGGUCCCCAUCCGCACUGGUGACCCCGUCGUCCAGUACCGUGAGACCGUCACUGCCGAAUCCUCGAUGGACUGCUUGUCCAAGUCGCCCAACAAGCACAACCGUAUCUUCAUGCGUGCCAUGCCCUUGGAUGAUGAGCUCUCCAACGAUAUCGAACAGGCAAAGGUCGGUCCCAAGGACGAUUUCAAGGCUCGUGCCCGUAUCUUGGCUGACCAGUACAACUGGGAUGUCACUGAGGCCCGUAAGAUCUGGUGUUUCGGUCCCGAUGCCACCGGUCCUAAUCUUGUUGUCGAUGUCACCAAGGCUGUCCAGUACUUGAACGAAAUCAAGGACUCCUGUGUCGCUGCCUUCCAGUGGGCCACCAAGGAAGGUCCUCUUGCCGAAGAGAACUUGCGUGGCUGUCGCUUCAACAUCUUGGAUGUCGUCCUUCACGCUGAUGCUAUCCACAGAGGUGGUGGUCAGAUCAUCCCCACCUUCCGUCGUGUCGUCUACGCUUCCAUGCUUACCGCCAAGCCCGGUAUCCAGGAACCCGUCUACCUCGUCGAAAUCCAGUGCCCCGACUCUGCCAUGGGUGGUAUCUACUCUGUUCUUAACCGUCGUCGUGGUAUGGUCUUCUCUGAGGAGCAGCGCCCUGGUACCCCCAUGAUGAACAUCAAGGCCUACAUGCCCGUCAACGAAUCGUUCGGUUUCACUGCUGAUUUGCGUGCUGCCACUGCUGGUCAGGCCUUCCCUCAAGCUGUCUUCGAUCACUGGCAGGCCAUGACCGGUGACCCAUUGGAAGCCGGUAACAAGGUCUACGAUAUCAUCCGUAACGUCCGUAAGAGAAAGGGUCUUGUCGAAGAUAUCCCUGGUCUCGACAAGUACUACGACAAGCUGUAAACGGUGGACUCGUUCUCACGUUACCAAUGAAAAGAUUAAAUUCUUUUGUUUUAAAAAAAUCCUCUCUUUUUUCCCGCACGUACACACACAUACAUCUUCCCUCUCUAAUCGACACGUCUAUCUCCAUGAUCGCAUCUUCCCCAUGAUUUACGCGAUAUAUAAAUAGAAAACAUACAAGAAGGGCUAUAUAGAUUUUCUAUUACAUAUACAACACGAAUAAAGAGAGUGCUUUUUAUUCUGCCCU